CAUAUAAGUAUAGUACCUCUUGAAUCUGCUUUUGCGCAGCACGUGUUUCUCUGCCCGGGACCGCGAGGACAGAAGGACCCUAGAGAGAUGCUGAGCUUCGCCGUGGUCGCCGGCGCCCUGCUGCAGGGCUUGGGCAGCGCCGCGCCGCCGCGGGCGCCCGCGCGGGGCGGUAUCAAACUGAGCAGCUGCCCCCAGGGCGGCUCGAGCCACGCCAGCCCGGCGCACGACGACAGCGAGGCGGGGAUCGAGACAUUUGCUGGAGACUAUGAAAUCACCACGUCCUACGGAAACGGCAGCACGUGCGGCGCGCAAGCCGGCGAGAACGGCCUCGACGGCGCUUUCCCCAGGAGGGCCCUAGCGAGCGCCGACGCUGCGACGAAGUCGUGGCUCCAGCUCUACAAAAGCUCCGGGGCGGGCGACGCGUUCGACUCCGAGACUAUAAAAGGCGCGGCGACGGCCGAGCUCGUAGCGAACAAGUACCAGGCGGGCGGGGCGCACGCGCUCCACGCCAUCGAGCAGACCGUCGACAGCGACGUGCAAUACAAGAACUACCGGUCGGACGGCACCAUAUUGAUGUUGACGGCCCCGACCAAGGGCGGCGUCGACGUCUUGGACGUCGCGUCCGCCGAGCUGGCGCCUACGCCCGGCACCACGAUGCAGUUCGUGGCCCCGGACGCGACCAAGGGCGGCGUCGACGGAGAAGCAGCGGCCCAGAGUUAUCUUGGGCGGGUCUCCUGGUGCCUCUUCCAGGUACUCGCUUCGGUGGUUCCGCGGCGCAGUAGCUCGGCGAAGGGCGCGGCCUGGCGCUCGUCCGUCGUCGGCUACCUGGUUAUUUGGGGGGACGCCACCCGCGUGGCGGCGGAGACUUCGGUCCGCGGCCGCAGCGGCCGCAGCGACGACAACACCAAGUCCAAAACCAAGACGAGGACCGAUAACCCUCCGCGCGCGUCGGCGGGAGGCCUCGCGCAGCGGCGCGCGCUCACGGGCUAUGUGAUGGACGACGAUAGCAUUAGAACGGCGGUGGCGGCUUGGUUUGCCGACCAGUCCGCCGCCGAGGCGACGUACGGCCACAUCUCGACGUGGGAGACAUCGGGGGUGACGGACAUGUCGGGAUUGUUCAGCUACUCGUCCUUCAACGAGGACAUUGGCGCGUGGGACACCUCUGGCGUCACAACGAUGGCCGGGAUGUUCUGGUACGCGUCGGCCUUCGACCAGGACAUCGGCGCGUGGGAUACCUCUGGCGUCACGUCGAUGAACUCCAUGUUAUACGGAGCCUCGUCGUUUAACCAGGACAUCGGCGCGUGGGACACCUCUGGCGUCACUAACAUGGCUGAGAUGUUCCGCGGGGCCUCGGCCUUCGACCAGGACCUCGGCUGGUGCGUGGACGAGGACGUGAGCCUGGAAGACGCGUUCUCCGAGACCAAGUGCGAGUCGACGUCGUGCAGCGUCGUGCAAAUGGACAACUGCCCGAUCACGGGCUAUGUGAUGGACGACGAUAGCAUUAGAACGGCGGUGGCGGCUUGGUUUGCCGACCAGAGCGCCGCCGAGGCGACGUACGGCCACAUCUCGACGUGGGAGACUUCAGGGGUGACGGACAUGUCGGAAUUGUUCAAAGACGCAUCGUCCUUCAACGAGGACAUCGGCGCGUGGGACACCUCCGGCGUCAAGAACAUGUUCGGGAUGUUCAUCGGUGCCCCGACCUUUAACCGAGACAUCGGUGGUUGGGCGGUUGACAACGUCGAGAGCAUGGGCAUUAUGUUCUGCUACGCCUCGGCCUUCGACCAGGAUCUCAGUGGUUGGGCGGUCCACAGCGUCACGGACAUGUACUACAUGUUCUUUCAAUCAGCCUUGAACCAGGACCUCGGCUGGUGCGUGGGCGACGCCGUGGGCCUGGAAGGCGCGUUCUACGACACCCCGUGCCAGUCGACGGCGUGCGGCAUCGUGGGGGGAGUCGACUGCGAUGUCAUGGGCGAUGGCAACGUCAUGGUCAACUGGAAAAUUAGAUGGGCCGUCGCGGCGUGGCUCUCGGAUGCGGCGGUCGCCGAGGCGACGUACGGCCAUAUUUCUACGUGGCAGACCGGGGAGGUGACGGACAUGUCGUAUUUGUUUUGCGCAGACACAGACUUGAGCGAUUGGAGGUGCAAUGCGGGCGCGGCGUCUUUUAACGAGGACAUCAGCGCGUGGGAUGUGUCUGGCGCCACGGGCAUGGAGUGGAUGUUCUCUGGCGCCACGAGCAUGGAGUGGAUGUUCUACGGCGCCUCGGCCUUCGACCAGGACCUCGGCUGGUGCGUGGGCGACGGCGUGAGCCUGGACGGCGCGUUCGACGAGACCCCGUGCGAGGCGACGUCGUGCGGCGUCGUGCAAAUGGACAACUGCCCGAUCACGGGCUACGCCAUGGACGACAGUAGCAUUAGAACGGCGGUGGCUGCGUGGACCUCGGACGCGGCGACCGCCGAGGCGACGUACGGCCACAUCUCGACGUGGGAGACUUCCGGGGUGACGGACAUGUCGGAGCUGUUUGCGCACGAGUACAAUUUGUCCUUUAACGAGGACAUCGGCGCGUGGGAUACCUCUGGCGUAACGAGAAUGUACGGGAUGUUCUGGGGCGCCUCGUCGUUCAAUCAGAAUAUUGGCGGCUGGAGCGUCGAACAAGUCACCAAUAUGCACUGGAUGUUCGGACACGCCUCGUCCUUUAAUCAGGACAUCGGCGGCUGGCGCGUCGAGAACGUCAGGGACAUGCACUACAUGUUCCACUGGGCCUCGUCCUUCAACCAGGACCUCGGCUGGUGCGUCGACAACGAUGUAUACCUCGACGAGGCGUUCUCCGGCAGCGGGUGCUGCUCAAUGUCUUGCGGCGUCGCUCAACAGGACGAAACCGGCGCCUGCCAAAUCAUCGAUUCGUGGGGCUGCUACUACUACUACUACGACGACGACGACGACGACGACGAUGGGGCCACGGAACUCGUCAUGUCAACGGGACUCGCGGCGAUUGGGAUCACGUUUACGGGCCUCACCAUCGCGGCGAUCGCGAAUGCGGUCCAGGAACAAUGCGCCCUGGGCCCCACGAUCGUCUACGAAGCCGGCACGACGCACCCGUACUACAUCUCACCAAAUCUAUGCACCAUCGGGACCAAGACCUUUUCGUCGGACAAGACAGUUCGCGACGCGUCUCCGCGCAAGGUCUGCCGCAAGUUCUGCGAGGCUGCAUCGGAGAAGGGCAAACUGGCGCUCAAGCACGUGCAGGGCCUGACCUGCUACUGCAAACGGAGGUAG